CGGUGGAGCUGAAGCCAGAGCAGGAGUUGGUUGCUGGAACAACACAGGAGAACAAAAGUGAGGGCCCAAGAGAGCCAGGGGAGGAGCUGCCCGUCCCAAUGGAGCAGGCUAUGCCCGCAGGCCCCAGCACAACACAGGCUGUGAUCCCUGGCCCCACGCUCACGGCCGCCCCAAACCACGCCACGGCCAUGGGCAAAGGCAUCCGGGCCCUGCUGGGCUGCAAGGUGGGGCAGCUCGUGCUGCACAGCAUGAACCGGGCGCUGGACACCUCUGAGGGGUGGCUGGACCACUGCCUGCCCCUGCCAGACCGGGUGCUGGGCACCGAGGGGCUGCUGGCUCUGCCCCCGCCGCCGUGCAGCAAGCCGGGCUGCCUGCUGCGGCUCAGCGCCCUGUCCAGCAGCCUGCGCAACCGUGCCCUGGCCCUGGCCCUGAGCAAGCUGCAGCGCACCCGGCGCAACGUCCGCCAGAGCCUCUCCCAGCUGCACCAGACAGUCGACCUGAUCGAGACCAUCCAGCAGGGCACGGAGAAGCAGGUGCAGAGCAGCCAGGACAAGCUGCAGGCUAUGUGGGUGCGCCACAGACAGGAGCCGGGUGAUGAGAGUGGGCCAGGGGGCAGCCAGGAGGCCGCGGGAGGUGGCACCCCUGCACUGGAGGUGGAGACCCAGGCCCUGGCCAUAUCCCGCAACCUGACCCAGGAGCUGCAGAGCACCUACCUGAACCUGAUGGCCAGUGCCCAGGGGCUGCCUGCCAGCCUGCAGGAGAAGAUGCAGCAGGUGCACCAGAGCAUGGCUGAGCUGCAUGCCUUCUUCUCCUCUGCCACCUCCUUCCAGGACCUGUCCAGUGCCGUGCUGGCCCAGAGCCGCGAGCGCGUGGCCAAGGCCUGGGAAGCCAUGGAUGAGCUGGUGGAGUUCCUGGUGCAGAACCCGCCGGUGACGUGGCUGAUGGAGUCGCUGGCUCAGGAUGGGCAGCCGGGGCAGGACGAGGGGGAACGGCGCGACAUCCUCCGUGUGCUCAAGGACUAUGAGCCUCAGGACUGCGGGGACUGA